CUCUCUCUUAUAUAUUUCUUCAAUCCAAAGAAAGAAGCAUUGAAGAGGGUUUUGGAGAAAUUUGUGCGUGUAGAAGAAGAGGAAAAGACGGUGGAGGAGUCUGAAGGGUUUUGGGGUUUGAUUCCAUCGAGGCUUUGAAAGGGUUUUUGUAUUUAAAAAAAAGAAAAGAAAAGAAAAACAAAGGAAAACCCUAUUGACUCUUUGGUUUGCUCUCUGAGAGUUUGAGCCAUUUUUUAGCUCAAUCUGAUAAAAAAGAGAGAAUCAAAACAUGCCCGGUGGUGCCAUUGCUCAGUCACCCCUUCUCACUCCUACUUCUGUUCCCAGUUCAAUGCACGGUUCCUCCACCCUCACUCUAUCCAUCCCAACUAAAAUGGAGGGCCAUGGUGAGAUGGGUCUAAUUCAGGAAAACUUUGAUCCUAGUAUGAUGGUGAGGAUGAGGAAUGAUGGGUAUGAGAGCAGGUCUGGAAGUGAUAAUGUUGAAGGCGCAUCAGGCGAUGAUCAGGACGCUGGCGACGAUCAACGGCCGAAGAAGAAGUACCAUAGACACACUCCACGGCAGAUUCAAGAGCUUGAAGCUUUCUUUAAGGAGUGUCCCCAUCCUGAUGAGAAACAAAGAUUGGAAUUAAGCAGAAGGCUUGGCUUGGAGACCAAGCAAAUCAAAUUUUGGUUUCAAAAUAGGCGAACUCAGAUGAAGACCCAAUUGGAACGCCACGAUCACAUAAUUCUUAAACAAGAAUAUGAUAAGCUUAAAAAUGAUAACGAUGCAUUGAGGGCUGCUAUGGCAAAUCCAGCAUGCAACAGUUGUGGUGGCCCUGCCAUACCUGGUCAAAUAUCAUUUGAGGAGCACCAACUUAGGAUUGAGAAUGCUCGAUUGAAGGACGAAUUAAACCGUGUAUGCACUUUGGCAAACAAGUUCUUGGGGAGGCCGAUCUCGUCCAUGGCCGCUCCCAUUCCUAUCCCGAGCUCAAACUCCAGUUUGGAACUUGUUGUAGGAAGAAAUGGGAUUGGUGGUUUAAGCUCUAUAGGCACCCCAUUGCCAAUGGGACUUGAUCUGGGAGAUGGGGCUGCAAUGCCACUAAGUAAGCCUCCAAUGGGAUUGAUGGGCCAUGAAGUAGCAAUUGAUAGAUCAAUGUUUGUAAAUCUUGCUUUGACGGCUAUGGAUGAAUUAAUUAAGAUGGCGCAGACAGAUAGCCCCCUUUGGACCAAAAGUUUCGAUGGAGGGAAGGAAAUACUGAACCUUGAGCAAUAUACAAGGACAUUUUCUCCUUGUAUUGGCACAAAACCGAUUGGUUUUGUAACCGAGGCCACAAGGUAUACUGGGAUGGUGAUGAUCAACAGCUUGAAUCUUGUGGACGCAUUGAUGGAUGAGGCUCAAUGGAAACAAAUGUUUCCAUGCAUGAUUGCUAGAGCUGCCACCAUUGAUUUGAUAUCAAGUGGCAUGACUGGAAUCAGAAAUGGUGCUCUUCAUGUGAUGCAUGCGGAGCUUCAAGUUCUUUCACCAUUGGUCCCUGUUCGUCAGUUAAAGUUCCUCCGGUUCUGCAAGCAGCAGGCGGAGGGUGUGUGGGCUGUGGUUGAUGUUUCACUUGACAUUAGCCAAGAAGGUACUAAAGCAAACCCCUUGGUGAACUGUAGGAGACUUCCUUCUGGCUUUGUCGUGCAAGAUAUGCCCAACGGUUACUCCAAGGUUACGUGGGUAGAACAUUCAGAAUAUGAUGAGAGUGGUAUCGACCCACUCUACCGGCCAUUUAUUAGUGUUGGCAUGGGAUUUGGUGCGCAGAGGUGGGUUUCCGCCCUCCAAAGGCAAUGUGAGUUCUUGGCAAGCCUCGUGCCAUCCUCUCUUCCUAAAGAAGAUCACACAGCGCUAAAUCUGGCUGGUAGGACGAGUAUGUUACAGCUGGCACAGCGCAUGACUGAUAACUUCUGUUCUGGGGUUUGUGCUUCAACUGCUCGUAAGUGGGACAAUCUCCGUGUUGGAAAUGUGGGCGAAGACGUGAGAGUUAUGACCAGGAAGAAUUUGGAUGACCCCGGCGAACCUCCUGGGAUCGUGUUGAGUGCUGCAACUUCUGUUUGGAUGCCUGUACCACAGCAGAGACUGUUUGAUUUCUUGCGAGAUGACCGGUUGAGGAGCGAGUGGGACAUUUUAUCUACUGGUAGGCCAAUACAAGAGAUGAUCCAUAUUGCCAAAGGCCACAAACAUGGCAACUGUGUUUCUCUCCUUCGUGGAAGUCCGAUUAAUGCGAAUGAGAGCAGCAUGCUGAUAUUGCAAGAGACAUGGACAGAUGCAACUGGCUCAUUGGUUGUUUAUGCGCCAGUUGACAUACCAUCUAUGAAUGUGGUGAUGGGGGGUGGAGAUUCUGCCUAUGUGGCUCUCCUACCAUCAGGAUUUGCAAUUCUUCCCGAUGAGCAGUCCAGCGACUGCAAUGGGGCAAUGGUAAAGGCAGGCGAUAAUGUCCGUGAUGGAGGCAGAUGCUUACUUACGGUUGGAUUUCAAAUAUUACUGGAUAGCCAACCAACCGCCAAGCUAACCGUGGAGUCAGUGGAGACUGUUAACAAUCUCAUCUCCUGCACCAUUCAGAAGAUCAAAGCCGCCCUUAAAGUAACAUAAAUGCAGUGAUGAGCUUAGUUUACUCUUUUUUCUUUUUUUUUUUCUUUUUUUGUUCUUUUUGUUUUGUUUGAAGAAAAGAAAGAUCGUAUAUGAACAAGUAUAGGAGGAGAUGAUAGAAUGAAUGGAUAUAGUGAAGGAGAGGAGGUUGACAUAAAAAAAAUUCUCGCAAGGGUUUCGAGUCAAGAACGAACCGCAGCUGGGGGAGGGGAUUUUGGGUGGUUCGGGUAUUGACUCGGCCGACCCGUGGGGUUUGCUCAGCUCUCUCUCUCUCAUCGUCAAAAUGUGUUUGUUAGUGUUAUUAAACCUAUAGAGGUGAACAAGAUGGACAUGGGGGGAAGUAUUGUUCUACCGUUUUUGUUCCGACUUUUGUCUAAAUUUUAGGGUCUCUUAUGUCAAAUGUGUUUUUCUUUUUA